UUCGUCGCACUUGGCCCGGCAGCAAACACAACCCCCAAAGGGGCGCGAAGCAAGUAACGGCGCGCGGUUUUGAUCCAAGCAGAAACAAAGACGUCACAGAGACCUUGAGUCAAGUCUGCAGUCACGAUGGCUGCAAACAGAAGGGACCUUUCCUAGGUUCCCGACAUAACCUUCGGGUUUGUGGAGGAUUACGUCAAAAGGACUCCAAAAGUAGUGGAGAGCAAUAGCUUAGUGAAAAAUUCAAGCAUUUUUUCAGAAGCCUACAUUCAUAAUCUGAAGGGUAAAGCAGUUUAUUAACGGGAUUUUAUCUGGGAGUUUUGUUGACGUUGCAUGCACGCACCGUUUAUGUCUAGGCCUGAACGGUAGUUGUCGCCACGAUUGAGCAAUUUGAAGACUUUUUUGCCAUUCAACGGGUUACGUUUAAUGGUUAGGCUAUUUUCCUUUCGAAGUUCAGAAUUCUAUAGAUGCCAAUUCGAAAAUUACCGACGUUUUUUCAUUAUGCUGGGCGCGAUCGACCACGGAGGAAGGAAAUGACUGGAUCAAUCGCAAUGCAUCAAAGUGUAAUAACGCGUACGAUGUAGGACAAGUGACGAUUUUUUAUACGAACAUCUUAAGUGCCAAAAGAAGUCGUUUCAAAGUCAAAAUCUACCCUGAAUAGUGGCCCUUACGCAGACCCGGAGGCACGCUUGCAGAGAGGUGGUACGCUCGUGUUACAUGCCUUUUCAACCAAUAGGAUGUCGUUUGCUACUGAAAAGGUUUGCUACAUUUGUAAUUGCAUUUGCACCUAAAGUGGAAAGUUUUUUUUAGUAGCGUGUUAGGGCCACAUGCAUAAAAAUUAAGACAUUUCUUCACAUUUCAUAUUUGUGUUAAAUUGGGUAAGCUCGCGGCCACAAUCAUUCGUUGGGGAGCCCUCUACUGAAAUUGGUUUCUUUCGAGGUCAAGGGUAAAACUCUCAUGUCGCGAUUCGGAUGCGAUAUAUGACAAUGAUCUUUUCAUCUCUACAUUAAAUCUCUCAGAGUGCAUAACUGUACAUGUACCGACAUUAUUCCCUAUAUCAAGGUGAAAUUAGCAAGGUUCCUCGAUCCUACGUUUUGCAGAGUUGGAUGCAAACACAAUCGUUGAAGUGGGCUUGCGGUUAAACAUGAUUGUAACACACUCUUGCAAUUUACCCACCAUCACGUUGCCAAAUACCGCCCUCAGCGGUGUCCAGUUGGUUUCAGAGGAUGACUACAAAGGGUUUACAGCUUACGAGGCUCGCAUCGAGGCAGGCGAAAGCGUACCUCUGCGGUCUCCAGACCACGAGGCGUGCGUCCACUACUAUUACGUCAUAUCUGGAUCCGGGAAGUGCGUAAAAAACGGCGGAAAGGGUGAAUUCCUGGUUGGGCCGGACCAACUGGUGGCGCUUUCUUCCGAUUUGACGCACACCUUGUCGACGGAGGGCGCAAUGCGAGUGUUUGUCGUCUACUACCCAGAUGCCGAACUAGCCUUCAAGUCGCUCGAGCUGGUGAGGAGCUUGUCUGAGGUGGUGGGCAAUGACAGGGAAGUCGAUUGGGUGACAGGCGUCAGCCGUCGAUUCACCAUCAAGCAAGAUGGCUUCCCUCUUGGCAUCCACAACACCCUUGUACGGCAAGGAUUGAGAUCGAGGUUUCAGUACAGAAACCACAUCGAAGGCGUGUAUUACUUGUCUGGACAAGCAACCUACCAUUGGCAAGACGACAGCGGCCAGUGGACCAGCGAACGCAGCAAGGUGGAUGAGGGCAAUGGCACCAAUUACCUUAUGAAUAUUCAUGACAAACACAUCGUGGAGAUUCACGAGGAGGAUGCCAUCUGCAUCUGUAUUUUCGAUCCUGUUCUAACAGGAAAAGAAACACACCAUCACUCCAAAGAUGGCUUUUCAAGUUACGAGGCGUCAAUGUAGACUACCUGCCCCACCAUUAUCAAGCCAACAACGUGAGCGCACAACCAAGUAACCAAAUUUGGGCCAUGAUCUGUGACUGAAAUUGACAGUAAACCAUUCACGGAAUUAAAAAGGUUGGCGAAGAAACAAGAAAGUGGUGUGAUUUAAAGGAAUUCACUCAAAGGACAUUCAUUUCACUGCGACGCAGUAACAUCCACCUAAAUAAAACGAACGUUGUACCCAGAAUGUCUCGAUUUUUUAACUUUACGUAGAAUUUGAACUUGCGUCAUGAGUCCAUUCCUUUCAGGCUUCCUUUCAUCUCUGGCUUUCAAAUCAUUUGUAUUGAUAGGCCCAAACAGCCUGGGGUUGAUCUUUGGCUCAUUCCCUUAGCUAACGAGUUGGGGAUUAUGCUGGUUAACUAGCAGAACCAGUCUGGAUAAAAUUUAUCUCCGUUUUUAGCAGAUAGGGUUCAGGGGACCUCUCCAGUCUUUAAUACAAUUACAUGUAAUUCCUUUGGUCAAUUUAAGUUUUUAGCAUUCAAACGCAGUUUUAUCACAAUAUACAUGUACCCGUAAUCAGUGGAAUAAUGCAUGAAAUAAAAGUUGAAAUUCUCA